AUGUACCUCACUCAGCCUUGCCUUGCCAAAGGAGAAACGCUUCAGCUAGAUCAUAGAGGACUCCAGGCUUCUGGUAACACUCAACCUUCCAAACUUCCCAAAUUCACAAUGGAAAACGACUACAUGGGCAACAACAAUCCCUUCACAGCCUGGGGCUGGCGACACCUCGGCCCUGUCCCACCCCUCCGUUCUCUAUCCCCUCCACGAGCCAUCCAUACCUCUUCCAGCUUAUCCUCUCCUACUAGAUUCUAUGCUUCGACCAGUAUCUUCAGUAGACCAGACCCAAUCAUACCCACCCACCCUCUCACCGACUUGUUCAUGACAAACGAGAGUACCGACCGUCCAACGACCCCCACCCGUCGCAACUACUUCCAAGAUAUCGAGAAUUACAACAACGUCGUGGUCCAGCCUCGCGGCCCGGAAGAAGUGACUUUCAUGCAUCCCGAGUCACCUGCUCAUCCUGAGGAAAAUACAUUUAUGCGGUCCGAGUCACCAACUGGUCAUGAUGAAGUAACAUCAAUGCCUCCCGAUCCACCAGCUGGUCUUGUAUAUGACGAAUAUGAGAGCAUGGAUGUGGGAGACGAGCAGAGCAUAGAUAGCUUUGCUUAUGCAGACUAUGAAGCUGAGACUGAGGAGACUGCGCAAAACGAUGAAGUGCAGCAGCUCCGCGAAGAUUUAUGGGAUCUGAGUUUGUCUCAGCUCCGGGCGCGGCUGAGGCAGAGGAAGAAAGGUGUGAAGGGGAACUAG